UAACGCGUGCGGAUUGACCUCCGUUGUCGGAUUGCCACUGAUGCCGAACCUGACGUUCCUCCAGCUGAAUGACAACCGUCUCGGGUUCGCGGAGAACAACCCCCAGCUGGCGGCCCUGGCCCGGACCACGCCUAAUCUGAAGCGCCUGACGUUGGCCAAUAACGGCAUCAUCACUGUCCAACAGCUGGAACCACUGAAGAACCUGCCAGCCCUGCGGACCGUGGACCUCUACUCCAAUACCGUCACCAGAGCCCAUCAUCGGCAACUGGUUUUGGCGGUACCGCAGGUCGUGCGUUGGGAUGGUGACGGCGGGGACUUUGAGAGUGACAGCGACGAAGAAAUGAAAGAGCGCUUCAUGUUUAUAGAACCGGCAACGGACAGCGAAGAAGAAGACAAUGACGACGACGAAUCCAUGGCCGAAUCAGAUCACACUUGGAUUUUGCCUGGUGCCGAAACUCCAGACUGGAUGCACAGCAGCGAUGAAGAAAUGCCGGACUCGGGCUCGGAGGCUGAAGACGAAGCAGACGGCAGUGGAGGCGACGACGUAAUUCCGGACUCGUGCUCGGAGGCUGAAGACGAAGCAGACAGCAGUGGAGGCGACGACGUAAUUCCGGACUCGUGCUCGGAGGCGGAGGACGAAGUGGAUGAAGAGGACGGCAGUGACCACGAAGGCGGCGGCCAGGACGACGGCGACAAGAAGGACAGCGACAAUGGCAAGGACGACGACGUUGUUUUGAUCAGCACGAAGCCUUAUCGCAGCAAGACCUCCAAGAUGCUGCCGAGUUGGCAGAAUUGGAGGACUGGGUUCAUGAAGAUCCCAAGCUGGGGUGGCGUCCCUGAAGAUUUUAAUGUUGUCGAUCAUGUUACGGUGGAACGGAAUGGGUACCGGUUUUCGAAGACGUACAAUAUGCAUUUCAAACGCUUUGACGUGCAUGUAUUUGAUUUGGAUGCUGUGAAAUUUUGUGACGCACCGGCAGUAAUAGUGGGUAUCUUGGACCACGUUUUGGAUGCUGUGCUAGCGGGUGUGGCCGCUCAUCAGUACGUCCGAGUGUCUGUGGAAUCAUCGUAUUUGUCGUUCCCUAUUUGGACUCCACCAACUUUACGAUCACAGCUGACAGUGCGCCGCUGGAUGGCAGAAAUCUCAAAAGUGCUGAAUUACCAAGAAUUUGCCAUUGAUGAUUCAUUUGGGGUUUCUGUAGAACAUACGGAGAUUCCUUCCGGUCGGUGUGCCCGCGACGUACCCAAGUUAUUGUACGACAGACUGAAGAGGAUGACGUCAGUGAUUUUGGUGAACAACGUGGACGAUAUCUGUAUGGCCCGUGCCCUCGUUAUCGGAAAAGCGUUUGCCGAUGGCCGAAAAGAUUACGCCCGACAUAUAGCGAAAGGAAAACAAGAAAUUCUGCACAUUUCGGCUUUUGAAAAAGUAUUGCCAGGUUACCAGAUAGUGGUAGUGAGUACGAUGCAAGCCAGCAGCAUUGUGUACAGCGGGAACCUGGAGGACAAACAUAUCUGCCUUUUAUUACAUAACCGGCACUUUGAUGUCUUGACUUCCAUGCCGGCAUUUUUCAGUCGCUGUUACUGGUGUUUUAACUGCAAUAAAGGAUACAACAACCGUAGAAGUCACAGAUGUAGCGGUCAGUGUAAUCAGUGUCUGCGAGCGGAUUGUCCCAUGGAUAUUGUCAACAUUAUGCUUUGCGCUGAUUGCAAUCGCAAGUUUCAUGGCCAAUCUUGCUUCGACCAUCACAAGCUGGGCCGGGAAAUGAUGUGCUGUUUCGCAGUCGAAGGAAGAAAGUUGGGAUCCGCACACCGUUGUGGAGAAAUGUUUUGCAAAACGUGCCAGGAGCAUGUCAUCGGAGAUCACCGCUGUUUUAUGAAGCCGCAGAAACUUACUCCUUUCCAGAAGAUGCAGUAUUCGGAUGCCCAAUUUUUGUUUUUCGACUUUGAAACUUACGUUGCUGAGGAUGGGCGGCUGUAUCCAAACCUCGCGGUUGUUCAGAAUGAUGAAGGCGAAGAGUGGAUAUUUCCAAAUGACGGCGAAUCGCUUUGCGACAUUACAGAUCCUCUUUGUCGAUUCCUCUUUAGUGAAGACCAUCGCGAUCACAUUAUAAUCGCCCACAAUUUCAAGGCUUUUGACGGUUACUUUAUACUGAACUGGCUUCUCAGCAACGGUAUAACUCCUAAAGUUGUGUUAAACGGCGGUAAGAUCAUGCAGCUGGAUGUUCCGCAAUUCAACAUUCGAUUCCGCGACAGCAUCAAUUACAACCCGCAAAGUUUGUCCAAAUGGCCGGCUACCUUUGGUAUCAAGGACACGUCAAAAGGUUCCUUUCCACAUCGAUUUAAUCGGCCGGAAAACUGGGAUCAGGUUACCGAAUUCCCUACUAUGGAGCAGUACGGUUCCAAGUUUAUGAACAAGAAAGAUCGUGAAACAUUUCAGCAGUGGUACAAUAUGGAGGUCGCCACCAAGAACAACACUUUCGACUUUCGUAAAGAAUUUGUGGAUUAUUGUCGGAACGAUGUCACCGUGCUCCGCAAGUGCUGUCUGCAAUUUCGAACAACAGGCAAGGUUUUUGAGUUCCACGGCUGCUGGUACCACGGAUGUCCUGAAUGCACAACGCCGGAUACCGUCCACCCGUUCAGAAACUUACCAAUGAGCAAAAUUUACGAAGAAACCCUGCAACGCGACACGUACAUCCGGGACAUGGGACACGAACUGUUUGUCAUCUGGGAGCACGAGUUCGACGACCAGACUUUGGAAAUCGCGCACUACUUUGGCAUCGUGCACUGCAAAAUCUUACCGCCUCCGGAUCUUUACCUGCCGAUUCUGCCAUACCGCUCCAACGGCACGCCAGAGCUGCACGCUGCAAUCGAGCGCGGUUAUGUCAUCACAAAGAUGUUGGAAGUGUGGCACUUUGAGCAGUCGGAAGAAAGGUUGUUUGCGGACUACAUUGAUCGGUUCCUCAAGAUAAAACGGAAGCAAGUGGCUGGCCAGCGGAUAUGA